GUCAUGCGACUCAUGAUCAUGGGUCGCGUGGGACUGUUAUAUAUAUUGAGUUGUGCCGAGUGAGUUUCUGCAUCCCAAGACCAAAGGCCAAUCUGACUCUAAUAGCUAGUCAUGGCUCAGACGACUCCAAAUCACACACAGACAGUUUCUGGAUGGGCAGCUCACGAUCCCUCCGGCAAGAUUACUCCUUUCGUCUUCAAACGAAGAGAAAAUGGGAUCAACGAUGUGACCAUAAAGGUCUUGUACUGUGGGAUAUGCCACACUGAUCUCCACUUUGCUAAGAAUGACUGGGGCAUGACCAUGUAUCCCGUAGUUCCCGGGCAUGAGAUUACAGGGCUGAUCACGAAAGUUGGGAGCAACGUGAAGGAGUUCAAGGAAGGAGACAGAGUCGGGGUUGGGUGUUUGGCGGCGACAUGUUUGGAGUGUGAGUUCUGCAAAUCCUCCCAAGAGAACUACUGCGACCAGCUCCAGUUUACAUACAACGGCAUCUUCUGGGACGGCAGUAUCACCUACGGUGGCUACUCCAAGAUGUUGGUCGCAGAUCACAGGUACGUGGUACACAUACCAGAGAAUCUGCCGUUGGAUGCAACAGCGCCGCUAUUGUGCGCGGGGGUGACGGUGUUCACCCCCAUGAAAGACCACAAGCUCCACAAAACAACGGGGAAGAAGAUCGGGGUGGUUGGCCUCGGAGGUCUGGGACACGUAGCAGUGAAGUUUGGGAAAGCCUUUGGUCACCAUGUCACUGUCAUCAGCACCUCUCCGGCCAAAGAGAAAGAGGCUAAAGAGCAUUUGGGUGCCGACGACUUCCUUGUCAGCACUGAUCCUCAACAACUGCAGAAAGGGAAGAGGACACUCGACUUCAUAUUAAAUACAGUGUCCGCUAAGCACUCGCUUGGGUCCAUCUUAGAACUGCUCAAAGUGAAUGGAACUAUGGUGGUUGUGGGUGCACCGGACCAGCCAUUUGAAUUGCCUUCAUUUCCUCUGAUAUUUGGGAAGAGAGCAGUGAAGGGAAGUGUGAUAGGAGGAAUUAGUGAGACAAGGGAGAUGAUGAAUUUAUGCGGGAAGCACAACAUAACGUGCGACAUUGAGCUUACAACGCCGGACAAAAUCAACGAGGCGUUGGACCGCGUUGCAAAGAAUGAUGUUAGGUACCGAUUUGUCAUUGACAUUGCUGCUGCUGAUGCUAAGGCUCGAAUGCCUUCCAAACUUUAGAGCUUUUGAGUGUUGGGGUCUACUCCGACUAUUGUUUCCUAUUGUGCUCUCUCGUAUAGUUAAUCAUCACUUUAUUUCUUAGGUUUUAUUAUCCCAAGUCAAUAAAGCGAUAAAAAUGUGUUCGGAAAUAAAUUUUUUUUUUUAUAAGCCAAGUCUAUAAGUAUAGGACAUGAGAGUUAAAUUCAAAGCCAAGUUUAUGUUCUUUGAAUUAGUCAAUUGGUUGAGUCUUUUUUUUGUUUUAAAAGUUGGGUCAAGACUCAAGAAGUUGUGGAGAAACUCUCAAGAAGUUGUGGAGAAACUCUCAAGAAGUUGUGGAGAAACUCUCGGAGCACGGUUGUGUCAAGGACUCAUUGUCCUGUUGUUAAAUAAUAAAUUGUCGCGUACAACAUGUUGGAGUAAUUCCUCUGACCUUCUCCUUA